UGAUACCUAAAUUGGGGACCAGGAGAAAAGUAGGAAAAUCUCUGCAGUGCCGAGCUCAUAACUCUCAUCCCUUCUCCAGCAUCGAAAAGGAGGUAAGUCCCUAAACUAUGACCGAAAAACCAGCGACGCCCUCAGGUAGCACAUAUCCAACGGCCUAACACGAUGAGUUAGCCGGUAAAGCCUUCAUUAUAAGCAUCCCACCAAUCCAGUCUGGCACUAUAGACAAGGGUUAUGGUUUGUAAAGACGGAAACUCCCGCCAAUUUGGUAUUUGAAACCUGAAACAGAAAACAAAUGCAGUAGAAAUCCAACAUUAUUUACUGGAGAAACCUGUGAGCAAAGGCUGGUCUCAAAAAAAUUCCCUCGACCUUCAAUAACCUUAUGUAGAACAUUGAUUUGAAUCUCAUCAAAUCUUUAAAUGCAUACGUUACUGUGAAAUCAUUGGAUCGGUUGUCUUCUAAAAUUCAAAUAAUAUUUUGUUUCUGGCCAUACAAAUACAUACUCCUUUGUAUUCCUGUUAACAAAUGUCAUGUUGUGAAUGAAAAUUAAAAGUCACAGGAUAUAAUAUUAAUAACAAAAUUAAAUCUAAAUCUAAGAACAUUGUUUGAAAAUAACUUUUAAUUGAGGGAAUCAAAUAUGAAAAUUAUUAAGUAUGGUUCAUCUUGUGUACGAUUAUAAGUCUCUAAGCGAUUUUCUCGGAAAAGUUUCGAUGUGAGGUGAUGACAAUUCGGACCCCACAUCGUCGCAUCUCACCUCGAACUAAGCGUCGAUAUCGGGCCAUUAAGAAUUUCUUUCGCAAGGCUCUAGGUACCCCGUCUCAGGCUGAUAUCAGAGACACUUCCAAUAUCUCCGUGAGGGUAUCUGAUUUACAGAACACGAUAAUCGGAUUACAAGAACAACUACACAAAGUCAGUAAACACUGUCGGGAUUUUUCAUGUCUAGAGCAAAAUAUUAGGAAAAAGUCACUAAACCAAUUAUUCAGUCAAUGUUUACGAGAUGAAAGCGUCGGUCAUCCUGUAACAUCUGACGGGAACGUAAAUCACGUCGAGACUCAGCUCAUUUAUAAAUCAUCAGAUCGCCAGUACCAUAGAACAGAUGAGAGCAACACACUUAACCCACAGAGCCAAGAUGAUAAAAACACGAUGUCGUCUUAUAAUCAGGGUCAAGGCCUGAAACCAAUUGAUAUGCACAAAAAAAGGGACACCAACGAUGCAAACACUUUUGUAGAACAUAAUCGCAGAAACCGAGAAAAGCGAAAACCACCGACAUCCAUUUAUUCCACUAGUAGUUUUCAUUCUCUGAUUGAGCCCAAGAGCAAACACUAUCAUAGGUCAGGCUGUUUAGACACUUACAAAACAAAAGCUAUUGACCCCUUAACCGUUAGGGAAUGCAAAAGAGACAAAAAUAAAAGAAAUUUAAAACUCCAAGAUAAGGCACACGGAAGCCAAGAAAGGGAUCACAAAAGCAAACGAGAACAUAUUCAUCUCGACCAGGACUUCAUAACGGACAUCAUAAACAAACAAUACAGGCCUGUCAAGUUAUUUGGAAGACGCGAUUCCGAUUUUAGUCAAUUUUCAGCACCCUUAUGUCGCGAUCAAGAGUUUAAAGUCCAAGAUUACAUACAAGAAAACUGCGAGCUGUGCUCCUGCUGCUUUGAAGGACACAAACCAAGGCGACGCUGCUUACGGGACACUGACUUCAGUGAUGCGAAAAGCAUCUGUGAUACACGACUCUACAGUUCCAAGAGAAACAGACGUUAUAGAUACACGGGGGGUUGUGUAGAGGACUACAAUAACGCGACUUAUUAUGACGUUGUUCCCGUUAAAGAGAAACCAAGUCCAAAAACUCGAAGGAAAAUUGCUCGAGAUCCUAUUACGCCAUACUCAUAUAGCAAAGAAGUUCCGCCGUCACCGAGAACUCAUAAACCACGACUGAACUUAAAAGCUCAAUAUCACUCCGGAAAUCUUGAAACUUAUAACUAUGACAGCCGCUAUAGUCGCAGAAACUCCCCUCCUGCGUCACAUCGUCGAGAGAUGAGAAAUGUUUACGAGACGGAUGUAUCAUCAGAAUGUUGUCGACUUAAACGAUCGAAGGAAUAUAUGAGAAGUCCCAAAUUAUUGAAGCCGCAACGAAUUCAAGAAGACGUUGGAACGAUGAGUAGCUUACAAUACACUAAUUACGCUAAUGAACAAAAUACGUCUUACAACGACACAACGGUAAAUACUCAAGUUACAAAUUCCACAUCAGACAAAACUGACAAAGCGUUGAGUGAAAUUAAAGACAUACUGCAAAACUUUUUGCUAGAAAUAAAGAAAGAAUCAGCUCAUGUUAGAACUUCAGAUGCUUCUCAAAAAGUUGACGAAAGCUUCAACCGUCCCGAAGACAAUCACAAUAUGAACACUCCAGAUCCAAAUAGCGGCCACAGUUUCAAUAACUGCAACACGGGACAGUGUGCUGUUCCGCCUUUUGUACCUGCUUAUACGAAUCCAUGUUGCUAUCAAAUGAUGCCUCUCUGUCCUGUGAACUGUUUACAAAACGGAUACGUUUUGCCUAACCCCAGUUUCACAUGCAACGUGUGUUCUAAAAACUCAAAACCAACUUGUAGUGAGAAAGAUUUCAGUAAUAGACAUAACAAAUCGGAGGGCGUAACCUCCAGCUCUGAGACCCAACAACUUAUUAAGGAAAUAUACAAGUAUGUUUCCCAAAACACGAAAUCGCUUCGCAAUACGGAGCACUCCAAUGACAGAGGCAAUUCAAAAGCUGAUUGUCAAAAAUUUGAAAAGAAAAUUUUGACAUCUAGAAGUGUGGGUGGAAGAUCUGAAGCCUCCCAUCACGAUGCUAACGUGGGAACUCCUAACCUUAAGUGCUAUUCUAAAAGCUGCGAAGCGAUUGGAUGUAAAAUGAAUUCAGAUUCAUAUAAUACGACUACAGCGAGCUAUUCAGAUACAAUACUAGAAAAACUCAGCUUAGAAGAAUCCGAAUCUUCCACGGAAUCAGAUGAAAGUAGCGAUGUUCCGAGGCGCAAGAGUAAAAAAAGUAAACUUAGAAAAGUUUUUCAAUCAUUAAAACUAUUUAAGAAAAAACACAAAAAGGAUAUAAUCGAAGAGGAAAGUGAAACUGAAAGUAAGGUAGAAGAAGAAGCAAAGCCAAGGUCUCCUUACAGGCAGCACAUUACUAACUACGCCAUGCACGGCCAAGAGUUUUUCCAUCCGCCUCCUAUACCACAGCCACAUUGCUGUUCGCCACAUCUUCAUGAAGCUUCUCACGCAGAGAGAUUCGGCCCUACGUAUAACCCAUACAUGCAUCCUUCCGAUAUUUAUAAUCAUCAAAGGCACCAUCUUACGAUACCGCCAUGUUACUCUCAACAUCCUACUCAGCAACAUCCCAAAUGUGACUCUCACUGUAAUUACGCUCCUCAACCGCAACCGCAAGUGCCGUUAUGUCUUAAAGAAGUCGAAGUUAAAAGUAUAGGAACCCAAAGCUUCAAGAGGAUAUCUUUUUUAGAGAAGCUCACGGCCAAGGCUCAGCCACCACCACAAACAACGCCUCAGCCGAACACAACCCCACAGAGAGAGAAACCUAAUUUCUGGAAAACCUUACAAGAGAAAGCAAAACAAAACAAUCCCGAUCCUAUGGAGUUCUCUCUGAAAACUCAGAAACAACUCGCUCAAGGAGACUACAAGUUACGUAACGCGAUGCUUAAAAAACUGUUCUACAAAAGAAAUCCCUUUUCACCAAGAAAUUUAAUUAUAAAAACAAUACUUGGCAAAGAUAAAUCUAGUUUUGGAGAUCCGCCGAAAAUGUAUCGUCCAAGAAUGUUCCUGUGAAUUCAACGACUUAGUUUAUACAGUUAACAUUAGAAAUCCCAUAUUUGUUCUGUAUUGCCUUAAUUGAUUGUGAAACUGACGUACUGUACCUAUAAUACAAUUUUUUAAAAUGAA